GAGUAUUCCAGUCUUUUGAGAUUCAGGGUGCUGGUUCUUAAGACCUUCUGAGGUGUGUUUUAACCUGCUGGAGGAACCAGGAGCCUUGAGUCACCUCACCGGGAAGAGCGAGCAUCUCCGGUGAGCUUUUGGGGCUCAAGGAGAACCCCGACGUUGCCUGGUAUAGUCAUCCAGAAGGCGGAGUCUACUCUGGCUGGAUGGCGACCUUAGUUUCUAUACUGCUCUGAUACUUCGGUGGUUUAACCAUGGCUCUGCGGGCAGUGUGGCUCAUACGUCACGAACCAGGAACUCCACUUGGUGGCACCGUCAGAUUCUCCAGACGAUAUCCAACUGUUGAAAAGCGAGCCAAAGUCUUCAAUGGAAUGAAUUAUGUUCCUGUACCUGAAGAUGGUCCCUUUCUUAAAGCAUUACUCUUUCAUCUUAGAUUAUUGGAUGAUGAUAAGGACUUCGUGGAGAGGCGUGAUGGCUGUUCACAUAUCAAUAAAACAUCCAUCUAUGGGCUUUCAGUAGGAGGUGAAGAGCUCUGGCCAGUCAUUGCUUUCCUGAGGAAUGACAUGAUAUUUGCAAGUGUUCCAUUAGUUGAACAAGCUCUGACCCCUCGCCCACCUCUAAUUAGUAUUAGUGGGGUUUCACAAGGCUUGGAACUGCUUUUGGGGGUACAGGAUUUUCUUUACUCCAGUCAGAAAAAUGACACUGACCUAAACACAAAGUUGAGUCAGUUGCCUGACUUGCUUCUACAAGCUUGUCCUUUGGGUACUUUAUUGGAUGCUAACUUGCAGAAUUCACUGAAUAGCAUUAAUUUUGUAUCUGUGACUCAGCCGCAAAAACAGCCAGCCUGGAAAGUUGGAACAUACAAAGGAAAAGCACAAAUUUCUAUUUCUAUCACUGAAAAAGUAAAAUGCAUGCAAUAUGGUAAACAGGAUAUAGCAGACACAUGGCAAGUUGUUGGAACAGUCACUUGCAAGUGUGACUUGGAAGGAAUCAUGCCAAAUGUUACCAUCAGCUUGAAUCUCCCCACCAAUGGGUCUCCACUUCAAGAUAUUAUUGUUCAUCCUUGUGUGACUUCUCUGGAUUCUGCCAUUCUGACCUCUAGUAGCAUUGACACAAUGGACGAUUAUGCAUUUAGUGGGCCAUAUAAAUUUCCAUUCACUCCCCCUUUAGAGUCGUUCAACUUAUGCCACUACACUUCUCAGGUUCCUGUCCCACCAAUAUUGGGUGCUUACCACAUGAAUGAAGAAGGAUUACAACUAAAAAUAACAGUUAAUUUAAAACUACAUGAAAGUGUGAGAAAUAAUUUUGAAAUCUGUGAAGCUCACAUACCUUUUUACAACAGAGGUCCAAUUACCCAUUUGGAAUACAAAGCUAGUUUUGGUCAACUUGAGGUAUUUCGAGAAAAAAGCUUAUUGGUCUGGAUUAUUGGCCAGAAGUUCCCCAAAUCAAUGGAAAUUAGUCUUUCAGGAACUGUAACUUUUGGAGUUAAGGGCCAUAACAAGCAGCCGUUUGAUCACAUAUGUAUUGGAAAUACAGCAUAUAUAAAGCUUAAUUUUAGGAUUGCAGAUUAUACACUCACUGGAUGUUAUGCAGAUCAGCAUUCAGUUCAAGUUUUUGCAUCAGGAAAACCAAAAAUAAGUGCAUAUCGGAAACUCGUUUCUUCUGAUUAUUACAUCUGGAAUUCUAAAGCACCUGCUCCAGUAACAUAUGUAUCACUGUUACCAUGAUUUUUUUUUUCAUAUUCGAAAGGAUUCAUAUGAUGGUCACAUUCUCUAGUAGAAUCAUAGUAUUUUAAUUUUUUGCAUGUAUUCACAUAACCUGUGACUAAAAUAUUACUUAUUUCUUUAUGAAAACAUUCGUAUCUUAUGUUUUUAGUCUAAUACAGUGAAAGAAUAUUUUUAAGGCUAACGUUUCCUUUUUUGUUGUUGUUAUCCUCUGAUUUCAUGCCAGUAUGACUCAGAAUAUAUAAAAGCAGUGAUUGGCUUUGCUUAAGACUAGUCUUGGGUCUCUGUGCCACACGUUCUUCCUGUCCCAUGGCAAGACAGUACAUCAACCAGACCCCCUUCAAUUAAGAGUUCAGCAUUCUCCUAGUGCAGGUUUAGGCAGCCAUCCUAUGGGUUGUAGUUGAUUUACAAGAAAACUGUGUGCUUGUCCAAACCUCAGUAUGAACAGCGUGCUAUUACUGAAUACCCAUGGUCUGGUUAAAAUUAUCAUGAAUUGUUUCUUUCAAAGCAUCCAGUAGGAAAUAAUGAGAUAAUGUUCAAAUAGUAACCUGUUCUUUAUCAUAUCUCUCCUGCUAGCUAAUAAACCUCCAUAAUUCUAUUUGAUGGUCUAGAGUUACUGACUUUCUGAGACAGAGUCUCACGAAUCCCAGGCUGGCAUGGGUCUCACUGUGUAGCUAAGGAUGAUCCCUGUUAAGUGCUAGGAUUACAGUGUUGUACUACCCUAUCCUGUGCCCUUCUAGGGAUUGAACUCAGGGCUUCAUGCUUGCCAGGCAAACACCCUACCAGCUGAGCUAUGACCCUAACCCCUCUAGGGCUGCUGUAACAAACUUAAUAAUAUGCCAGAAUGCCUGUGUUUGGGAUGCCAGUAGAUGUCAGGCUGCAGUAACUUCAGAAGAUAAGCCUAAUGAUCUAUGAUCAUUUAGUGCCCUUGGAUAAGGCUUUAAAAAUAAUUUCAGGUAUUAUGGCAUUUGUUUAAUUAAAAUCUGUUAAUGAAUGAACUCAGGCUAUCAUUUAGACUUAUUUAAUAUAGCAAUCUUUUUUUCUUUAAGUCUGUCCCUAUGAUUUUCUUUUUACUGUUUUCUUGCCUCCUUCCAAACUGUCUAGCUGUGCUCCUUAUCUUCUCCCAUUUUGACAAUUACAUGUCAUAUUCUUUUUUCAGAGCAGCAUACUGUCAUCAAAUUAAACUUUAAGUGACUAUUUAAAAAAAAAAAUCUAAAGAUCCUAGGAAUUUAACUGAUGCCAAAUUUAGAAGCCUGAAAAAAUAUGAAUUACAGAAUAAUAUUUAAUUAAACUUAUUCUGGGUUCUGUUUC